CACAAUUCUUCAGUGAAAGGUUAUUUACUCGUGUCUCGUGUUCGGUGUUUGUUCGCGCCGGAAACUAUCGCGGGCAUGUGCCAGUGCGCGUUUUUCGUUUAAUGGUUCAUGGUGUUAGUAGUAGUACUGCUACCUGUGAGCACGAUUCAACAGCAUAGGUGGAUACACGAACACCACCGCAGUGAACGACAUCAUCAUCGUUAUGGAUACACCGGGAAGCUCGUCGGGAAAACACUGAGGAAAGAAAAACUGCAGGUGCAAUAAUUACAGAAAAAUGAAGAAUGUUAUUUGGAUUUUUUUUAUCUAUACUUUCGUAUUUCAUCUAAUCACUGUUACGUAUUGUAUUAAAAAUAAAGAAGAAUUAAAUGUCAACCUAAAAUUGUCAAACUCUUCAACUCAAGAAACGUCUGAUGUAUCUGAUGCCCAAACACAUGAUGCCGAUCAGACAAAUAACGAUAACGAUGAUUUUGAACUUGAAGACAAUAUUGAUGAAGCUUCAUCUGAAAUAGUUGAAAGUCAAGUGCCAUUUCCGACGGACAAACCUUCUGAAAUUGAAUCAGAAGUCCUAGUAAGAAAGCCUCGACGUAAACGACGUCGUCGGCGCAAACGUCCAAGGACAUCGACACACACGUACGAAGAAAAUAUUAAUCAUCCUGUAGUAUGGAAUCAGGAACCACUGGAACCAGAUUAUGCAGAAGGAUAUGUUCGACGACGACCAAUAAAGAGACGAAGACGACCAUUACAAAGGAGGCCAUUCAUUGAGGGGGAUGGUAUCGCAGAAGAAGAAAAUAUUUUACCACGAAGAAAACUUAUUCGCAGGCCAGCUGAUUUUGGUAAUAAAACAAGCGGUGAAGAUGUGAAGCGAUGGGAACCAAUGACCUCAACCGAAGAAGGAAAAUGGAAAAUAGUUAAAACAACAACAGAAACCACAAAUACUGUUUCAUCAACAACGCCUAAAUCUACUACGAUUGCAACUACAACCACCACGCCAAAAACAACUACGAUUUCGCCAACAUUUUCAACACAUAAAUUUACUGACGAUAGUAGCAAAAUAAUUAAUCAUAGAGAUGGAUCUUUGAAAAAAACCAAUUCAUCACGUGCGGACAUAAUAGUAUUGCAUAAAAGACCGAUAAAUAGUAACUUGCCGCCAACGUCUGCAGUUAUACGACGUCGUAUGAAACCACAAAAUACGACUUUGGAAGAAAUAACAACAAUUAAACCGAAAAUUAUAGUGAUAAAAGAAGAACUACCUUUAUCAUUACUCCCCCCCGAUUUCAAAAUGACAGAAAACGCACCUCAAGUACUUAAAGAAUCUAAAAAUAACACUGAAGAUUAUCAAAUUAACGACGAAGCAAUAACAAAAAUGAUGAAAGAGCAACCGAGUAAUAAAAAUGACGAAUUCAAAUUCAAAUCUGAUAGCAUACCAAAGGUCAAAGACGAGAUAUUAAGUUUAUUAAAAACUAAAACUGGAUCGUCGUUAUUAUUAAAUGUAUUGAAUCUUAGAAACAUGUCUUUAGAAGAACUUUUACAACACAGAGAAAGGGGAUCAAGUCAGCGACAUCAAGAAUUAAUAGACACAAAAGAAGAAUCAGUAGACGUAAUUGCCGAUGAGCCAAUAAUAACAGAAAAUACUAAAAAUUUCACUAACUAUUUAAUUGAAACAAAACGUUUAGCACAAGAGAACAAAGUUACGUUACAAACGGAAGAAUUAAAUGACUUGAAACAUUUUAAAGAUAACAACGAAGAUACUACAACUCAAACAUCAACAAAAUCUACAAAUUCAGAUGGAGAAAAUCAUGACAAUCAAUAUAAAAAUACGACUAAUGAACAAGUAUCAAAGAUUACACAAGAGAUACAAAUUGAUGACAUAAAAUCACCAAUUCAAAUCUUUAAGGAAAAAACGCAAGAUCACGAAAUGACAAACUUUUCUAAACCACCAAUUAACACUGAGCGACCAAAUAUUUUAAAAGUUGAACAAGAAGCAGAAAUAGGUAAAAUUAAAUUGGAUACGAUUUUCGAAGAGAAAAAAGUAUUUAGUUUUCCGACUACGACUACCUACACAACAGCAGUUAACUACCAAGAAAAUGAAGCAACUUCGUUUGUUUCAAAAACCCCAAAAACUCGAAUCGUUAUAGAAACAUCUGAAAGAGAACCACGUCUUUUUGAUAGCUUGCCAGAUUUCUCUAUAAAAACUACCCAAAGGCCACUUAUAACACCAACUAUUCCUUCACAAGUAUUGUUCAUUCAAGAUACAAAUCAUUUAGACAAAUAUCAGAGUUAUUCGGAGAAAAAUAAAGACAUAGACGAGGAAAAUAAUUUGGAAUACCGUCGUUUUGAAAUGAGGAAAUUGCCAGUAGCCGUUAAAUCGGCCAUCAUAGCUAGUGCCGCAAUAUUGGCAAUGGCAGUUCUGGGAUUCUUUGUAUUGCUCAUAUCAUGUAGAAUGAGGCAAAAAAAACGGGUGUUAAGAAAAAAAUCUGUGUUUUGCCAACAUAAUAUACCCCAUGAUCCAGACCUUCGAUCUAGCGCUCGUAGUACAAGUCCUGUUAUGGAUAAACAUUUCCAGGAUCAAUACUAUGAUGGAUAUGGAGGACGUAUCGAUGAUCACACAACAGCUAAUCGUCAAUAUUACCUGUGGAGAACACUAAGGCGAACAUUCCGUUAUGACUGAUCAGUGUUACAGUUGUUCAAUUUUCAUAUCUUGGACAAAAUUUAAGUUAUUUUUUAUACUGUUAAAUUUAUACUGCUAAAACAAAGCCGCAAUUUAAAAUAAAUGAUACAUUAUUUUGUUUUUAAUCAAUAAAAAUAAACUUAUUAUUUAUUGUAAGACAAAAUAAUUUGUUCCUGUAUUAUUUUAUCACAUUAGUUGAAUUCUAUGUAGGUAUUAUGAACUGAAACUAUACAUAUUAUCCUUAGCUACACAAGUGCUGAAUAAGUAGUGCUAAUAAAUAACAAAACAUGAUAUGUCUCAACUAAUAAUUCAUUAAGCAUAUUAAAUUAUAAAUGUAUUAAACAAGAAUAAUAUAUUAUAAUACAUAAAUAUAAGCUAUAUUAUAAAAUUGCAGAAAACUUAUUAUGCAUAGAGAUCUUAAAUUUGGAUUCAGGCUUCUAGGUAUAUAUAAAUUAAUUAAAAAGAAUGAAAUUAUUAAUACAAUUUUACAUUUUAGGAUAAUGGAGAUUAUUAAGUGGUAACUAAUUCUACUAGUAUCAAAUUAAUCUACAACUUAAGUUCCACUGUUCUACUUCUAGUUUCUACACAAGUGCAAACACUAUACAGUGAUAUUUUUUAAUCUAA